AUGCUCGAAGAAUUGACGAAACGAGUCGAAUCCGACGAAAAGAAAAUAGAGGCGAACGAUAAGAAGGUGGAGAACUACAACUUGAGGAUCGACCAGAUUCCUGGGGUACCUCCGGUGUUGAAAGGACCGGAUUCGAAAAAAUUCGUCCAAAUUCCUUUUCCGCCAAGUGCUGCGCCGAUGAAAAUCCCGAAGAGAUUUCGCAUGCCCGAUAUCCCGAAGUAUAAUGGGACAACGGACCUAAACGAACAUGUGACGGCAUACAUAUUUGCUAUUAAAUGCAACGAUCUCGCCGACGAUGAAAGGGAGUCGGUGCUACUUAAGAAAUUCGGGGAAACCCUGUCCAAGGGAGUAAUGAUAUGGUAUCACAACUUGCCCGAGCAUUCGAUUGAUUCAUUUGCCAUGCUUGCGGAUGCUUUUGUCAAAGCCCACGUCGGAGCCAUCAAGGUCGAAACCCGAAAAUCGGACUUGUUCAACGUCAAGCAACGAGAUGACGAAACGCUCCACGAGUUUGUGGUCCUGUUUCAAAUGGAACGCAUGGACUUACCUGGGUCCGCCGAUGAUUGGGCCGUUCGAGGCUUUUACUCGGGCUCGACUCGAAGCUCGAUCACAUAUGGAGCUAAAGCAAAAUCGAUAGAGUGCCCGACAAUCGCUUGGGUGAUAACCCCGGUAAAUAGAGAAAUCCCAAGGUUGUUCGAGUAUAAUUUCUGCAUCGAUGUAGUAACCAUAGCAGCGGCCGUUAUCCGUAACAGGGAAACAAAGCACCCAAGGCCAAUCCAAUCUGAUCCAGAGAAACGGGAUAAAAGCCUUAUUUGCAAAUACCAUCACACUCACAUCCAUCGAACCGAAGAUUGUCGGCAGUUGAGAGAGGAGGUUGCCUGUCUGUUUAAUUUGGGACACCUUCGAGAAUUUUUAAGUGAACGAGCAAAAACUCACUUCAAGAACGUGGACGCCAACAAGCAGGAUAGAUCGGAAGAGCCUCAGCAAGUGGUCCACAUGAUCAUGGGAGGAAUGGAUGUCCCCCGAGGGCCGGUAGUGAAACGCACCAAAGUUUCCAUAACAAGAGAAAAGCGUAUUUGGAAUUAUGACCCCGACGGCCCCAUCUCGUUCAGUGACGAGGAUAUGGAAGGUAGCUCGGCUACUAUCAUCCGAUGGAGAGUCAUCGAGCAGCUGGGACUACUAGAUCAGAUCAUGCCAGCAAUACGAGUCCUCAACGGAUUCAACAUGGCCUGCGAAACGACGAAGGGUGAGAUCAACUUACCGAUCAACACGACCGGAACUACGCAGCAGACCAAAUUUUAUGUGAUAGAGGGAGACAUGGGAUACAAUGCAUUAUUGGGAAGACCGUGGAUUCACCUCAUGAAAGUGUCCCUCUCAACUAUGCAUCAGGCAUUGAAAUUCUCAACCUCAGAAGGGAUCAAAACCGUUCAUGGUGAGCAACAGGCCGCAAAGAAAAUGUUCGCGGUCGAAAAAUCUGUUACGACGACAAUGAUGCCGGAAUGGAACGAAGGGGAAAGUGCCAAAUAA